AGUCCAUGGCAAACCCUAAUCUUGUAUAUAAAGGAGUAACUCCUCCACAAGUGUAGACUCAGGGCAUGCAAACAGAUCGAGCACACUCAGUUUCUUGAUUAGACCCACGGAAAGAAAAUUGCUUGGAACCGCCUCUCGCGGCUUCGAAAGGCGACGAGAUGGGUCCGGGUCGAGUUAUGGCUCUUGCGGUGACCCUGGCCGCGCUGUGUGCUGGAGCCGCGGCUCAAUCCGGGUGCACCGGUGUGCUCAUAGGCCUCGCGCCGUGCCUCAGCUUCGUGACGGGGAGCUCGUCCACCCCGUCCUCCUCGUGCUGCUCGCAGCUGGCCAGCGUGGUCCAGUCGCAGCCGCGGUGCCUUUGCAUGGUCCUCAACGGCGGCGCUUCGUCGUCCCUAGGCGUGACCCUGAACCAGACCCUGGCCCUCGCGCUCCCCGGCGCCUGCCACGUGCAGACCCCGCCUGUUAGCAAGUGCAACGCUUCCGGUGGCACGGAUGCUCCAGCCGGCUCGCCAGAGAGUUCGCCGAGCGACGUAUCAGGGGGAUCCAAAGAAGUUCCAUCGACUGCGGGAAGCUCCACCAGCCACGGAAUCGCGAAGAUGCCUCCGCCGCCGCUUCCUCUCGCGGUGCUCUCGGUCUUCAUGGCGACGCUCGGAUACGUCCCCAUGGCUGUCUGAAUUUCCACAUUCCUCGGCGAUGUAUAACGCCGAACUAAUAAAUUAUGUUACGUGUGCUUGUGCUUGUGCUUGUGCUUGUGCUUGUGCUUGCGCUUGCGCCCCCGUGCGCGCGCUCCGCCAUUAUCCAUUUCCCUUUCGUCAAAGUAUGUGUGCUUGUGCUUGAUAUAACAUGUAAUCCCGCUUUACAUAUUUCCCUCGCUAUGGUAUUGUCUGUCAUUUCACCACUAUCAAAAUGAAUGACUACUACUAUUGGAAUA